UUAUUGGAAUUUGGGAUCGUGGUGCAUUCGGUGGUGAUAGUACUGGGGAUGGGAGCUUCACAAAAUCCAUGCACCAUCAGGUCUCUGGUGGCUGCUCUUUGCUUCCAUCAACUCUUCGAAGGAAUGGGUCUUGGUGGCUCCAUACUUCAGGCAGAGUAUGCAACCACAAUGAAGGCGAUCAUGGUGUUCUUUUUUGCAGUGACAACCCCCUUUGGAAUAGCAUCAGGGAUCGGAUUAUCAAAUGUGUAUAGUGAGAGUAGCCCUACAGUUCUCAUUGUGGUCGGCAUUUUAAAUGCGGCUUUGGCUGGGCUUCUUAAUUACAUGGCUUUGGUGGAUCUCUUGGCUUCAGAUUUCAUGGGACCAAGGUUUCAAAGCAAUCCUAAGCUCCAAGGUUUCGCUUAUGUUGCAGUUUUACUAGGAGCGGGUGGAAUGUCUCUCCUGGCUAAAUGGGCCUAACCAUAUUUAUGCAAUCUGCACAUCAAUUCCAUAGUUGAUUU